AUUAUUUUAAUAGAAUUUUAAAUAUCAUUAAAAUAAUAGCAUCACAAUGCUAAUUAAAAUUCCGCCAUGCUAUGACGUUUCUUCGACAUCGAUGUCAGCGCCAGAUUCAAGCAGAGUGUGGUUGGAAAAGACCUGAGCGGCAGCGGUGGGAAUGAGAACGGCUCGCCGCCAUCCUCAGAUUUCCGAGGCACCCUCGCCUUCUCUCCCCGCCCACCGAACAACGGCGAGCCGGCGGACGUCACUUCCUGUGGUUUGGAGCUCUGCCUGCCGAUUGGCUGCGGUGAAGGUCAAUCAGGCGUGACUCGGUUGGAGCGAGCGUCGCGGGCAGCACGGGCCGUGUAACGGACGCCGAGCUUGAGUUCGCCCCGCAGGGCUGUCGGCGGCGGUGACGGGUCCGAUAAUAUGUUGCUGUAGCUUUCAGUCGGGGCCUUAAGGCACAAGAACUGUCAUGAAGGCUGGGGCCACAUCGAUGUGGGCUUCAUGUUGUGGUUUACUAAAUGAAGUAAUGGGUACUGGAACUGUGCGCGGCCAGCAGCCUCCUUUCGGUGGAGGUGCAGGUCCAUUCAGAUUUGCCCACAGCACAGGGUAUUCCUCAUAUCCAUCCCCAUCGACUGAAGUUCCAGAUCUAGUCUGCGAAGAUUGUGGUCAGCCAUUUACUCGUUAUAGGAAGAAGUAUACAUGUAAGGAUUGCAAGAGAAAUUUCUGUACAUUUUGUUCAGUGAUGCAAGAAAAUCUACGGAGAUGUUGUACGUGUGAAUUGCUACAACAAACUUCUUUUCAACAUGAUGAGCUGAUGAAGUUAAAGGUGAAAGAUCUACGUCAGUACCUUAGUUUGAGAAACAUACCCAUAGACACUUGUUGCGAGAAGGAGGAUUUGGUGCAGCUUGUAUUGAGCAACCAUAGAUCAGGUGCUGAUGGUGCAGACACAGAGAGUGUACGCUUGCAGAGAUCGCAGGGUUCGCAAUUUUAUACUGCCACUACUACUGCCACCUCAGCCUCUGCAGCACCACCACCUCAGGGGAUUUCGUCCAGUCAAAGACCAAGCUCAGGGACAUCAAGAAUGCACCAGGGGAGAGAAGAAGCAUCAUUUCAAAGGGAUAGAAGAUCUGAAGCAGAACAAAAUCAGGCAUAUAGGACAAGUGACAACAAUCAACCUAAAAAUACACGAGUCUCGCUAUCAGAUCUAUCCAGUACUGAUGAGGUUGAAGCAUUGACAGUUCGUCAGCUGAAGGAAAUACUGGCUCGCAACUUUGUCAGUUAUUCAGGCUGUUGUGAAAAAUGGGAAUUAGUGGAAAGAGUGAUCAGGUUAUUCAAAGAAAUGGAAGAAAAUCGCAAAUAUUUGGAAGAUGGAAAUAAUCAAGCUGAAGCUACCGUUGAAGAAAAGAUGCAGCUAGGGAGUGAUGAGAAUCUGUGCAGGAUCUGUAUGGAUGCCGUGAUAGACUGUGUUCUGCUGGAGUGUGGUCACAUGGUUACCUGCACUAAAUGUGGAAAGCGCAUGAAUGAAUGCCCCAUCUGUCGACAGUAUGUUGUGCGGGCGGUGCACGUUUUUAAGUCUUAAUUUUGGUUGUGUUUGAUAGAAAGAAGAUUGAAAUUAAAGUUUUCUUGUUAAGAUACAUUAAAUUCACCAAGAACAUUAUUCUUGACUGUAUUAAUGACAAUAAUUUUGGCUAUGUUAAAUGGUGUAGAAGAAUAGAAUUUCUUUCAAUUUACUAACAUUUAUCAUUGCUUAUUUCUGAAGCCUUAAAUCAGUGUAAAAAAACACAACAUAUGUUAAGAUGCAAAAAAUGCAAAUAACUUAAGCCUACUUAAAGUUACUCGGAGCCAGACUAAAUCAAGAAUAUGCUGGAAAAAAGUGCAAAGUCUAUUUUAAACUUUUCCUAUCACUUUUAUAAGUCUCAUUAAACUUCUAACAUUUAAUGGAUUAUGUGGUGUGGAGUACUGGUAAGCUGUUACUAAUUGAGUGUGUGUGCUGGAUAUGAAUGGAGUAUUUUGUAGUGCCCAGCCUGUCUGCAAUGAAGUUUGAAUAGAAAGAAAAUUGAGCAAUCUUGUGUCAUUGCCUGCCAACUGCCUUGUUAUAGUUUUUUUCAUUUUGCUUUGUAUAUUUUGUAUGUUUUUGAAAUUCAUGUAUGCAAUUUGACAAAUAAAGAAUUUAAUGGA